AUGGCACAUUUUACACGUUUCGUUUCCUUUGAAGAUAAGUUCAACACGAACUUGUUUACAUUCAUUCUUCCAAGUUCAUUUCUAUUAGGAACUGAUGAAAAAUUAAUUACACGAGAGUUCAUUUGUCGAAAUGUUCCAUUUGCGUUAACAUUCGUCAAAAACGGCGAUCAGUUAAAUGCAUUUCUGCUGCAUCGUAGUCGUGAUACAGAAACAUUAGAGAUGACACUUGAUUUAAGUGUCACAUUACUAUGUCGAGAGCAUUUUACACGAAAUGAAUCGUUUGUGGAGAAAAGUUGUAAGUUCACGAGCAAGGUGACAUUGCACGGACGAAAGUCGUUUACAUCAAUCAAUCGUCUAUGUUCGGUGGAUUUUAUGGAUGAACGGGGUAAUAUUCAAUGUGAAUUAGAAAUUAAGAAUCUGGUUGUUUCGUAUCUCACGGAAAUACAAUUACCACCACAGUUAAUCAAUCCACAAUAUGCCCACGUUAUUCAACCAACACAGAGUCGACAACCUCUUGAUGCCCAAAUUGGCACACCGUCUUUUUUCUAUUCGAAUUACGAAUGGUGCGUUGUCAUUCAACCGAAAUUGGAUAGUGUCGGACAACUUGGACACUUCCGGCUGUUCAUUCAACGUUUAACAUCCUGUGAUCAUUCAGUUAAGUUAACAUAUCGAGUGAAGAUAACCGCUGGAUCUUAUACAUGGGAUCCGAAUCAAGAGAAAAAAGCAACAAAUCCGAAUGAUAGUAAUCCCUAUGAAGUCAACUAUACCGAUAUUCACGGUCUAUGCCGGCCGUAUCGAAUUGAUCGGAUACGCGAAUUGCUACAAACAAAUGGAAAGUUCACACUAACUGUUGAACUCAAAGAUGCUGUUACUGUCUUCCCAAUUAUUGUCAAUCCAUUUGCACCCAAUCCUAUCCCAGUAUCUUUUCUUGAUAAAGAUCAACAAGCGUGGACUGUAGAAGCCUAUAUAGAAGAACAAUGCUUUAUCAUACGUUUAUACUACUCAGAUAUAUUUAAGAUUCCAGUUAAUUAUCUACGAUCGAUAUGUUUCAAUAUCACAGUACGUAAUCAUCGUGAUACGAAAACAACUACAAGUGUGUUUCAAAAACCAGUUACAAAGUAUUAUUCGCAAAAAGACAGUGAUGAAGGCUUAGAAAUCAGCACCACAUUGGACGUCGAAGAGUUAACUGAACGUGGAUAUCUGAAUGAACAACACUGUGUGACAAUAGAAAUCGAGAUCUUCUUCUCACAUCUAAUGUUUUCACCUGAAUAUUCACCAUUAGAUGAUAUCGUUCGAAAACAAAAGCAGCAGAUCAUGCGUGAGCUGCAGGCUGCUCAAAAUGAGAAUUUCCAAUUGGAAAAGAAACUUCAUGAACUGCAAAUGACGAUACAGAAUCCAGGCAUGUCCAGUCGUUUACCUGAUCUUGCUAAUGGGAAUUUAUCAGUAGGACCUACCGGUGGUUCGAGCGCACCAGCGACGCCUGAUGUCGUUCGAAAAUACUACGAGAGGAAAUAUGGUGACAAAGGUUCGACAUCAAAUCUCUUGGCAACAGCUAGUGCAAAUAAUUCUUCAUUCUCGUCGUACAGUAAUCCGUCAAGUUUCGAUGCCGGUCAAUCAUCUUCCAGCUCUUUGCCAGUGCGUAAUGGCACUCUACCAGGUAAAGGUCCAACAACAACAACAACAACAACGAAUACUGCUGCCGCUGGUACACGAAAUUCGAAUACAUUUAAUCUAAGAAACAAGCUACCGGACUCUAUACAAAAUACCAUUGCAAUGACAAGUCAAUCUCUACAAUCAAAACUACCUGCUAGUCUACAAAAACUGCCGGCAAGUCUGACCCAAGGGCCAACACUGAAUAUGUUGGCAAGCAAAUUUCAAAAUGCUUUUUCCUAG